ACUACAUCUUUCAUAAACUCACAAGUGCCAAGUAACUAAGUUUUCAUGAACUGACGAGCGCCGAGAGACUACAUCUUUCUAGGACGUCUUUCAACACAUGGAAAGAAUUGGAAAUAAAACAAUGAUGAGUGUGGAGAGCAAGAAGCUGGAGGCGACAGUGUCUAGCAGCAUGGCGACAGCAGACAGCAGUGUGGUGUGUCGCAAGCCUCGAGUGAAGCGGGAGUCUAGCACCUCUUCCUCAACCAUCACUGUGGACAACAAGGGUUCCCCUGCCAGCGCAGCAGACCUGGGGGACUUGCUGAAGGACGAGCCGGGAGACUUCAUUGAAACCCACUGCCACUGGAGGCAGUGUGGCAUAGAGUUCCCCACUCAGGAUGACCUGGUCAAGCACAUCAAUAAUGAUCAUAUUCAUGCCAACAAGAAGUCUUUUGUGUGUCGCUGGGAAGACUGCUCCCGAGAAGAGAAGCCAUUCAAGGCGCAGUACAUGCUGGUUGUCCACAUGCGGAGACAUACGGGGGAGAAGCCACACAAAUGCACUUUCGAGGGCUGCUGGAAGGCGUACUCGCGCCUGGAGAACCUCAAGACACACCUGCGAUCGCACACGGGUGAGAAGCCAUACAUGUGCGAGUACCCCGGCUGCAGCAAGGCAUUCAGCAACGCCUCAGACCGCGCCAAGCACCAGAACAGAACACACUCCAGCGAGAAACCAUACGUGUGCAAAGCGCCAGGCUGCACCAAGAGGUAUACAGACCCCAGCUCGCUGAGGAAGCACGUAAAGACGGUGCACGGAGCAGAGUUCUAUGCCAACAAGAAGCACAAAGGAGCUGGUGAUAGCACAGACGAUGCAACAGGUGGCGCAAGUGGCCUACUAGACUCCAGUCCACGCAGCGAGGAGAUGAGUGGCAAGACAGCUAGUGUGUCCAGCCCCAGCGUCAAAUCCGAGGAGCCGGGAUCUCCAGUCCAACAGGCCAGUCCGCUAGGCUCGGCUCAUUGUGGCUCUGGAGCCCUGGACGAGCCAAUCAGUGACUGCAAUGUCUCUACUACCAACGAGGAACUCUCGGCAAUGUCAACUUUUGUCGAUUCCAGCGACUGGAUCAGCGAAAACCAGGAGAUCGAGCUGCCCGAGAUGCCUGUAGCUGUGCAAGCAGCUGUGACAACGGGUGAACAGCCUGGAAGCCGCUUCCUGUCCGACAGGAGCACCCAGCACCAUCUCAAGAGCCGGCUGCAGGUUAAGGGGGUGUCCGUUAUGCCCCAACUGUCAUUUGUCGUGGGGACAAGGAAAACUACAAGUGGGGCGAACAUACGAGAGCUGAACCGUCGAAUCACAGAUCUUAAAAUGGAGGGCAGCAAGCACAUUACAUCGCCAUCACAUCAAACCCAAAUGUUAGAUCUGCAACUGCAACAGGCCAACUCGCGCCGCGACAGCAACAGCACUGUCAGCACCUGUUACGGCAGCAUGAAGUCGAGUGAGAUGGGCUCCAGUCGCCGCAGCAGCCAAACCAGCCAGGUGUCAGGGUGCGUUCGUACGGCAAGCGGGCCUGUUAGUUCGUUGUACGACCCCAUCUCCGCGGGCAGCUCCCGGCGCUCCAGCCAGAUGAGCAGCGCAGGCUCAAGUGGCCUGCACAGAGCCCAGGUCUACUCUACCUCCAACCUCGUCGUCCAGACGGCAAGCAUGUCGUUGGGCGGCGGAGACUGCAGGCGAGCUUCAGAUCCGUGUCGAAAGACAGAGCGCCACGCCUUAUUGCCGCGCCCCAGUAGCGUGGUGCUCCCGGCGCUAGCACCACUCCCUGGCGACCUGCACCCCAACCAAGAGGUUGUUCUGGACGAGGUGGCCGAGGGUGAGAUGGUGGAGAACAAGCUGGUGAUCCCUGAUGACAUGGUACAGUACCUCAACCAGGUUGCCGGGAGCAGUAAAGGUGAAGACCCAAAUAGGUCAUCUAAUAACGCUGAGGCUACCUGUACUUCCUCACACUGCUCAACAGGAAAUACGAACAACAACCAUGCAGCCAGUUCUACAAGUACAUUUGCCCCCACUGUACAGGGAGCUUACAGCUGUACCAACUACACUGGCAGCUGUCACUCUCAGUCAGGCUUCAGUGCGUGUGGUCAUCCUGGUAAUGUGGGCUCUAACUACUGCCACACAAAGCAGCCUCACACAAGUCCUGCUCAGGAGUCCAACAUUAGUGUGAUGGUUCGCGGUCACCAUGGAAGUCCAACUUACUGCCAGGGAGGCUCGACCAGGUGCGCUGGCCAGUGCCAGGCUGCACCGAGCGCCAGCUUCCAAGUGCCAUCCACGCCCCUGGGCAACAGCUCUCGAUGUCAGUCUCUGCCCAGCCCGGCACAAGGCAACCACGGCUUCAUGCCGACGAGUCCCGUGCAGAACGGCUACUGCAGCGAAGUGAUCCGGCAGCCCAUGACGAGCCCAGUGGCCGGCACGCCAGCCAAUCGGCACCACCUGCCGACCAUGCAGUCGGCUCAGUUGAACAGGACCGGGACAGCAGGAGGCUAUGGCAGCUGCUACCAACAGCACAGGUGCACUCACUUGCAGCAGCAGGUGCCAUCAUCAGAGUGCACCAACUGCUGCCAGUCACAUCACCAUCACCACCAUCACAGCCAGCCACAGAACUGGAGUGGUUACGGCCACGCGCAUAUGGAGCCUCCGCCCCCUUACCUGCAGUCGGGUGGCACAUCAUGUUCAGAUCAUCCCCCCUUUCUACAGGCAAGUGGUACACAGUGUGUGAGCAAGCCCUCUUACCUGCAUCCGAGUGGCACACCUUGUGCAGGAAGGCCUCCCUACAUGCAGCCGAGUGGCAUGCCAUGUGCAGGCAGGCCUCCCUACAUGCAGCCGAGUGGCAUGCCAUGUUCAGGAAGGCCACCUUACCUGCAGCAGGGUAGCACACCAUGUGCGAGCAAGCCUCCCUACCUGCCACCGGGUAGCACACCGUGUGCGGGCAAGCCUCCGUACCUGUCGCAGAGUGGCACACCAUGUGUGGACAAGCCUCCCUACCAGCAGCAAAGUGGCACACCGUGUGCAGGCAAGCCACCCUACCUGCAGCCGAGUGGCUCACCGUGUGCGGGUAAUCCACCCUACCUGCAGCCGAGUGCCAUGCCAAGUGUGGACAAACCCCAUUAUCAGUGCGCUGCAGUGCCGGAGAUACAGUGCCGGGACAUCAGCCAGUCGUGCACCAAGGUGUGUGCUGUGCGUGGCAUGCAGAAGGAUGCAUACCAGCGCACCCUGGAGUACGUGAAGCAGUGCCAGUCAUGGGCAGGCAGCGAGAGUGUGUCGAGCACCACGCAAAGCAGGCACACCAACACCACCAACACCAACAACACCACCAACAUGGUGGUCAACGACAUGACCACAUCUCUCACGUCCCUCCUCCAAGAGAAUCGAUACUUGCAAAUGAUGCAGUGAUACCUGUGAUACCUACCUGCUACACAAACACAAAAACAAUUUUAUGAAAAAUUACCAAAGUGACUUCUACUUAAAUGUUAACUGUUAAACAAAAAUAUAAAUAUAUUUAAGGAAUAAAUAAAAAGAUAAUUAUAUGUACAUUUAAUUUAAAGCUACAUUUCAAGUAUCACUGAAUUGAUAUUACAGCAAUCAAUUUAGAUUGUAGAAUGGCGUGUACAAAGUUUUUUUAGUUAAAAAUGUGACCUGUAAAAUAGUUACUGUCCAAACUUGUUUUUUUGGUUUUUUUUACCAUGGCAUAAGAAUUAUUUUUAGAAUUAUUUGUAAAAAUGAUGUGAUUUAUUUUAAAAAUGUAAAGUGUGUUUUGAUAUUUGGAAAGUCAUUACUAUACAAAGUACGAUUAAAACAAUUUAGAAUAAGCCAGUUGCACAGACAUGUCUAAAUAUGAAUUGUUAGUCUAAACUUUUCAUUCAAAAUUUAUAUUAACACAUGAAAUAUCUAUUUGCGACCAAUGUUCAGCUCUGCAAUGGAACAAUGUAUAAGUAAUUGGAGCAUGGUUCCAUUAAACAUGGCAAUAGCUGGGCUUGGCAUCACGCUGGACCAUCUCUAGGCGUACUCUUCUUGUGAGAGGCAGUGCUCUGUGGAUUUUAAUUUUUGCAACUUUUAUCUAAUGCCAUCUUUGUGUAGCUAGGCUACCCUUGUUAAAAAAAAAAAAACUAUCAUUAACGUACAUUUAAAAUGCAAUUACAUCAAUGUUAUAUUUUAUAAAUGUUUUAAUGUUAUAUUUUGAUCAAUUGUAUAGAAAUUAUUUUAAAAAUGACUUUUGUAUUGUUUAUGAGACAUCUAGAUGUUUUCACAUGGUCAAAAUAACACUUCGUCGCAAUUUGUUUUUACAAUAAACUAUAAAUAAUGUUUUUUUACAUUGA